GUGAGCGAGAGGAUGCCGGCGGGGGGCGUGAGGAGCGUGCCCAGCCCCCUCCUGGCCUGCUGGCAGCCCAUCCUGCUGCUGGUGCUGGGCUCGGUGCUAUCGGGCUCGGCCACGGGCUGCCCGCCCCGCUGCGAGUGCUCGGCGCAGGAGCGCGCCGUGCUGUGCCACCGCAAGCGCUUCGUGGCGGUGCCCGAGGGCAUCCCGACCGAGACGCGCCUGCUGGACCUGGGCAAGAACCGCAUCAAGACGCUCAACCAGGACGAGUUCGCCAGCUUCCCGCACCUGGAGGAGCUGGAGCUGAACGAGAACGUGGUGAGCGCCGUGGAGCCGGGCGCCUUCAACAACCUCUACAACCUGCGGACGCUGGGGCUGCGCAGCAACCGGCUGAAGCUCAUCCCGCUCGGCGUCUUCACCGGCCUCAGCAACCUGACCAAGCUGGACAUCAGCGAGAACAAGAUCGUCAUCCUGCUGGACUACAUGUUCCAGGACCUGUACAACCUCAAGUCGCUGGAGGUCGGCGACAACGACCUGGUCUACAUCUCGCACCGCGCCUUCAGCGGCCUGCACAGCCUGGAGCAGCUGACGCUGGAGAAGUGCAACCUGACCUCCAUCCCCACCGAGGCGCUGUCGCACCUGCACGGCCUCAUCGUGCUGCGCUUGCGCCACCUCAACAUCAACGCCAUCCGGGACUACUCCUUCAAGCGGCUCUACCGUCUCAAGGUCCUGGAGAUCUCACACUGGCCCUACCUGGACACCAUGACCCCCAACUGCCUCUACGGCCUGAACCUCACCUCGCUGUCCGUCACGCACUGCAACCUGACCGCCGUGCCCUACCUGGCCGUGCGCCACCUGGUCUACCUGCGCUUCCUCAACCUCUCCUACAACCCCAUCGCCGCCAUUGAGGGCUCCAUGCUGCACGAGCUGCUGCGGCUGCAGGAGCUGCAGCUGGUGGGCGGGCAGCUGGCCGUGGUGGAGCCCUACGCCUUCCGCGGCCUCAACUACCUGCGCGUGCUCAACGUCUCGGGCAACCAGCUAACCACACUCGAGGAGUCGGCCUUCCACUCGGUGGGCAACCUGGAGACGCUCAUCCUGGACGCCAACCCGCUGGCCUGCGACUGCCGGCUGCUCUGGGUGUUCCGGCGCCGCUGGCGGCUCAACUUCAACCGGCAGCAGCCCACCUGCGCCACGCCCGAGUUCGUGCAGGGCAAGGAGUUCAAGGACUUCCCCGACGUGCUGCUGCCCAACUACUUCACCUGCCGGCGCGCCCGCAUCCGGGACCGCAAGGCGCAGCAGGUGUUCGUGGACGAGGGCCACACGGUGCAGUUCGUGUGCCGCGCUGACGGCGACCCGCCGCCCGCCAUCCUCUGGCUCUCGCCGCGCAAGCACCUGGUGUCGGCCAAGAGCAAUGGGCGGCUCACCGUCUUCCCCGACGGCACGCUGGAGGUGCGCUAUGCCCAAGUCCAGGACAACGGCACCUACCUGUGCAUCGCGGCCAACGCGGGCGGCAACGACUCGGUGCCCGCCCACCUGCACGUGCGCAGCUACUCGCCCGACUGGCCGCACCAGCCCAACAAGACCUUCGCCUUCAUCUCCAACCAGCCGGGCGAGGGGGAGGCCAACAGCACGCGCGCCACCGUGCCUUUCCCCUUCGACAUCAAGACGCUCAUCAUUGCCACCACCAUGGGCUUCAUCUCCUUCCUGGGCGUCGUGCUCUUCUGCCUGGUGCUGCUCUUCCUGUGGAGCCGCGGCAAGGGCAACACCAAGCACAACAUCGAGAUCGAGUACGUGCCGCGCAAGUCGGACGCGGGCCUGGGCACGGCCGACGCGCCCCGCAAGUUCAACAUGAAGAUGAUCUGA